AACUUUUGAAAAAACAAAGGAGAAUCAAUCCUACGAGUCGAUUCAUUUGAAAACAAAACAGUAGCAAAGUUCGUCAAUAAAGGGUACAUCAGAAUAAAUGAAAAAUUUAUAACAGAAGAAUCAACCGAAGGCUGCCUUUGAUUAUAUGACUACGUGUCUAAGAUGUGUUGCAAUAUGGACUCUGGAAUAAAAAAUGACGAAGAAAGCAAAGCCAAAACUCCAUCCUUAUGGGAAGACAUCCUUCGAGAGUCCGAAGAAGAAAGAACACUCUUCGAAGAGAUGCAAAGGGAACGCGUUGAAUUGCUUCCGGAGCGGCCUCACCAGGAAGGUUGUGCAGAGUACCUGAAGAGAGAAAUUUUUCCUAUUUUACUGCCGGCAAUGGAAGGCAUGCUUAUCGAGGCAAAUCGAUGGAAUGCUCUUCGGAUACAAAAGUGUCGCUUUAGUGGGUUGGACUACCUUGCCGAAGUCCUCUGGAAUAAGAAUCCUCGACGUUCCAGAGUCAAGUGGUUGGAUGUAUUCGAAAUUCCCACUUUUAAACUUCAGCUGAGAUUGAAUCCAAGACCUAUAUUUCCUAAAUCUUGGCUAUGGACCAAAGAAAGAGCUGCAGUGGAAUUACAAAGAUGGGUUCGAGGCUGGCUGGUCAGGAAGCAAGAGGAUGUGCAGGAAAUGAGGCAAUUCUGGAUGGCUAUUGCCGAAGACUCGGAACGAUUUGCUGAAAUAGAGAGACAUAAGAAAGAAGAAGAUAAGUCGGACCCAUGCAGACAUUAUAAGCGUCUGUUGGAUGUUCAAAAGAGAACUACAUUAACUUAAAUGUAAUCAGAAGUUGUAUUUUAACAGGUAUAGUAAAAUUUGAUACCCUAAA